UUUUUCUUCUAAUUCAGCGUCGUAAUUGCAAAAUAAUAAAAUAGUUUAAUAGUAAAAUUGAGGGAUACAAAAACAAAAGGUAGAACUUUCCUCCUCCGAUUUUAUCUCAGCCUAUAUAAAUUACCGGCGAAAGGCUUUAUUUUUCUUCCAAGUUUUGAUUUUUCCAAACAAUGGUGGAAUCAAAGACCAAAUUUGAAGAAAUCAGAAAAUGGGUCUCCGAUCACAAACUUCGUACCGUCGGUUGUUUAUGGCUAAGUGGUAUUACCGGUUCUAUCGCCUAUAACUGGUCCCAACCUGCCAUGAAAACCAGUGUCAAGAUCAUCCACGCCAGGUUGCACGCUCAGGCGCUGACUUUAGCUGCUUUGGCUGGAGCAGCCGUGGUGGAGUACUAUGACCACAAAACUGAAGCUACCAACCGCUAUCCGAAGUUUCUGCCACCGGAAAAUUUAUCUCACAAAGACUAAAAACUCUAAACUCCUAAGCUGCAAUGGUUGGUUGCAGCGUUUUCUGUUUGGUACAAGGUCUCGUAGCUAGAGAGAAUUUUUGUAGACCUUUCAGGGAAAUUUUCAUGUAAUUGACAAAAACAAAUUUUUGCUUAUUACAGUAUAUCAUUCUUUUGAUACAUUCAGAUGGAUUGUCAUGUGUUGUAGAUUGCACACAAUAUACAGACUUCUAAGAGAUAAUGUACUGAAAACAAAUCCAUGAUUAAAUUGAACAACUAGCAUUUGUUGGUGGAACACAAA